GCGGAGCCGGGCUAUUGGUAGGAGGGAGGACCAUGGCGGCGUCGGAAGAGUCGCCGUCGGCUGGGAACUCGGGGGAAGCGGUCUUUUUGGCGCGGGCCCUACGAGCCCUUGGGUGCGUGGCAGGCUCCCCGGAGGCGGAGGUGGGUCCGUGGUUGGCCGAGGCUGCUGACCGCGGCGCCGCAUGCAGCCACUUCCGAGACCUGUGCGCACAUCUAGCGGCCGAGCUGGGCGCGUUGGGGGCCCUGGAGGAAGGGGCGGUCCUAAGCGCCGGGGACGCGGAAGGCGCCGGAGCCGAGGACUGCUUCCUGCUGGAACUGAGCGGCCUGCUCCGGGAGCUCUACUGCCCGGACCGGGCACUCACCACAGGCAACCCUGCGACUCGGCUCCAGGCCCCCGGCAGCGGCCUGCGCCUGCUCCGCUUUCUCUGUUCAGAGCUCCAGGCAGCUCGCCUUCUGAGCCUCCGGAACCCACCUGCCCCCUCCCGUGCUAAGGUCCAGGAGAGAGACCUGGAGGAAAUUGAGGGGGAGCUGGCUCUGAUUCUCCAGGCCCUGGGGAUGCCCCAGCCAGAGCCAGGAACCCCAGCCAGCCAGCUGCUGAGAGAGGUCCAGGCGAAGAUCUCAGACUUGCUGCCCUCACUACCUCCUGGUCACCUGGACCCCCUACUCACCCAGCCUCUGGAUGCCCCUCGAUGGGGCGCCCUGAGCACCCUCUCCAACUACCUUCGGGAUCAGUAUUGUUACCGCCGUCGCCUCAUGUUGACCAGGCUGGAUCUCACAGCAUCUGCCUUCCAUUGGACAGAUAGGGCCCAGACCCAGGGCGCUGCCAUGACUAAUGUGUUGAAGCCCCUUCGUCAGGGGCUGGCUCCUGAGUCUGCUAUCUCCCUCGCCCAUGUCCUGGCUUCUCGGGCUGACCUCUCCAGGCUGGUUCCAGCCACAGGUCAGGCAGCCCGUCUGGCUACCUGCUGCCCUAUCAACAAGGUGCUGAUGGGCCCAGUCCCUGACAGAGGGGGCCGGCCCAAUGAGCUCGAGGCCCCCAUGCCCAGCUGGCAGAGCCGUAGGGAGGCGGGGCACCAGCGCUGGGGACGGAAGAAGAAGAGACGGUGAACAAGCCCAUGUGGAGCCCUUGGCUGGAGGAGCCCCGGGUUUGCAUCCAGCACCCACCCAUCCCCAUUAAAGCCAAACUUUCUGGAAAAAUAGAUUUAAUUGACAAUA